GAGGUUCGCGGCUUUGCCCGAACCAGAGAUGGCGGCCAUGAGUCUGCUCCUGCGGACGGCGGCCCGGACCUGCGGACGGCAGCCGCUAAUCUUGUCUGCAUGUCUCGGGCGGACUGCCCUGCUAGGCCCGAGUGCCAGUCGCUCCGGAGUGAUCGUUUCACUGCGCCAUGCCAGCGAUGGAAAAAAGAUGUUUUACAUCAGAGCAACACGGUUUUAUGACAGCCGGUUUUUGAGAUUACUGAAUUGGUACAUUUUGUUAACUGGAAUCCCAGUGCUUCUUGUUGUAGCCUUUGCUAAUGUCUUUAUUGGUCAAGCUGAAUUGGCUGAGAUCCCAGAAGGUUAUGUUCCAGAACAUUGGGAGUAUUAUAAACAUCCUAUAAGUCGGUGGAUUGCACGCUACAUCCAAGAACCCCCUGAAAAGGAAUAUGAAAAGGAAAUGGCUAGGUUAUACGUUGAAUACGAGAAAAAGAAGUUAAGGAAAUUGGAAGCAGAGGCAAGUCAUCUGAUGUUGGAAAGGGGGGAUGGACCAUGGCAUCAAGAUGAAGCCCCAGGCACAUCUAUGAUUGAUUAUGCUCCUAAAGCACAGCCUGAUUACUGAGCAUUUCAGCUAGAAUCUCCAGCAGCAGUUAAAGGAUGUAAUGUACACCUAACUUAAACUGCAUUGUGUGCUGCCCAGAGUAGAUACAGAGUUGGGUGGCCUUAUAUGUGUAAUUAAAUAAAUAAAUGUUCUUGUACUCGCUGAAAAACUUUUUUUUUUCAUUUUCUGUAUCUCUUUUAUGUGUGUACUCCAGAAUAAACCCCAUUCGGUUUAAUAUAGUUCCCUACAAGCAUAUGAUUUUGUUUAUAUUGUGCCUUUCAUUCCAGAGCCCAAAGAGGCCUAGCUAGUGGGGUAGGUUGGGCCAAGAAAAUAACUGGGCCAGAUCAACCAGCUGAGUGGCUUUGGGACAGUCCCUUUCACUCAGCCCAAUUCACCUCACAGGAUUGUU